GACACUUAUUCAUUAUUCAUAUAUCACCAUCCCCCCCAUGUCAGGCCCCUGAUCUCGCUCUCCCAUUGGCUGCUGUCUGGCGUGACGUCACAAUCAUGAUGAGAAUUGAUGAUCGGACGCGCUGAUUUCAUUGUCUGGAGCCGGAGCAGAGAAGACCCCACGAGGCCCGGGGAUCCCGGCGGCGGGGGGAGGACUGUAAAAAUUCUGCAAGGAAAUCUGUCGCAGCCACAGGAUGGAGGGGAGCGUGGCCCCGAACGUUGGGGAAGUCACCUCCACCGGGUCUCAGGGAUAUCAGCCGGAGAUGAACCUGCGCUCCGUGUUCAGUGCGGAGCAGCAGCGAAUAUUGCAGCGAUAUUAUGACAGAGGUAUGACGAACCAGAGUAAAAGCUGCUUCCAGCUUAUAUUACAGUGCGCCCAAGAGACCAAGCUGGACUUCAGUGUGGUCAGGACCUGGGUGGGGAACAAGAGGAGGAAGAUGAGCAGUAAGACCUACGUUGAGACCGGAGGCCCGGUACAAGGCUCUGUGUCUAAUUCACCAUCACGCCCCCAAGAGGCAGCAGUGAGAACCAUGCCAAACCUUUCCCGCAGCCAGCAGCCGCCCGCUAGGACCUCCUCGGGGGCGGACCUCAUCAUGACUUGUGUCUACAGUCCCAAUAACUCCUCCUCCACUAGACCAGGGACCACCACUCCUAAGGCCGACCUUCUGAAGCCCGCCCUGCAGAGGGCGCCGGUGAGGACUGAGGCUGAGUAUCACAAGCUGCAGGCUCCGGUGCAGCGGCCGCCUCCUGUGGUCAAAGCCUGCAUGCAGCUGAUGGAGGAGAAGACCGCGGGGUUACACCGUUCGCAGAACGCGGCAAAUACCACAAACUCCAUCUAUGCCGCCAAGAAGAACUAUGUGGGGUCCGGCCAGAUGGUUGAGAGAAUCGCCCCUCAGAAGACAAUGACCUGGCCGGUGAAAAACGUAGCCGAGGCUCCUGGGGGCCAACGGCUGCACAAAGCAGAGCAGCCAAAUCGGAGCCCCAUCCCUCACCUGUCCAGCGGGCAGCGGCACAGAGACUCCAUCUGCGGUCUGAAGAACCUGGAGAUCCGUGAGGUCUUCUCCUUGGCGCCCGGCGAGCCCUCCUCCAGGACUCUGGGGGCCGCACUGGAAGAGAGGCCCCGAGUGCCAGAGACUAACUGCUUCUCUAUCGCUAUGGAGACAGGCGACGUUAACGAUGAGUACGCCCGGGAGGAAGAAAUGGCGUCCUUGGCGGCUCAGAACCAGCUCUGCUCGCGCUUCAGGGAAAGCAACAGCUCGCCACGUGAAAACCGCUCUGCGCUGUCGCCAGUCCCUGUCCGCACAGGAAGCGCCAAAGCCCCUCAGCCCAACAGCAGAGAGGCCGCAGAAAACCCGGCGUACCACAGCGACUACUACAUGCCCCUCAAUACCUCAGCGCACAACACAAGCGGCACACAGUACCCCGGGCACAACGCAGCGCGCAGCAGCAGCCACCGCCAGUACAGCAUCGCCGCGCAGCCCGGAGGAAUGGUACCGAACUCAAACAACUACCAGAUAUCAGGAAACCUCACCGUGCCUUGGAUUACGGAGUGUUCGCGGAAGAGAACACUCCAGGACCGCACUCAGUUCAGCGACCACGACCUCGCAAUGCUGAAGAAGUACUGGGACAACGGGAUGACAAGUCUGGGCUCCGUGUGCCGAGAGAAGAUAGAGGCCGUGGCCUCCGAGCUCAACGUGGACUGUGAAAUUGUGAGAACGUGGAUCGGGAACAGAAGAAGAAAGUAUCGGUUAAUGGGCAUUGAGGUCCCGCCGCCCCGCGGGGGUCCCGCCACCUUCUCCGAACAGCUGGAAUCUGCCUCAUCUCUGACUCUGUCUGAAGAUCCAAUGGCGGAGGUGGUGGAGGAAAACGACCGGCACGAUGAAGUGUCUAUUUGCCUUUCCGAAGAAAGCUCCCAAGCGGACGAUGUGCACGAGGUGGGACGGCACGAGGACCUCAGCAUCAAGGAGGACAGUCAGGACAUGGCGCCUCCACACAAUGUGAAAGUGGAAGCCCCCGAGGAGGAGAUGAGCGACACCAUGGGCAAGUUUGACGUGGAACAGAUGCGAUCGCUCCUGGAUUAUAAGAAUGAAGAUGUGAGAUACAUGGAGAGCGAACUAGAAAGGUACAAACAGAAGUACACGGAGCUGCAGGCCUUCACCAGGAGCCUCAUACACACCAUCCGAACCAACGACCGCGACCAACAACAGAUUCUGCUCUCGGAGCCGCCUCUGGACCUGGAUGACAUGGACUUCAGCCACAUGUCUCCGGACGCCGACGAUACCUCAUACAGCGUCUCCUCCAUGUCCGAAGGAACAGCCCAGACAUUGUGUGAACGGCCGGACUCCGGCCGCAAAGAACUGAUGGAUUUUACUAAAGUUUAGAAAAAGAAGAAAUAAUAAAAAAAAA